UGUGUGUGUGUGUGUGUGUAUGUUAAAAUGUGUGCAUGUGCGUCUGUGUAUGUAUCUAAACAUAUAUAUUAUUCUGUUGUGUGUGUGUGUGGUUGUGUGGUUGUGUGUGCAUGCGUGUGUGUAUGUACGUAUGUGUAUCUGUGUGUUGUGUGUGUGUGCGUGUGCGUGCGUGCGUGUGUGUGUGUGUGUGUGUGUGUCUGCAUUGGUGCAUGUGUGUUUGAUUGUUUGUGUGCGUGUGUGUGUGUCUGUGUACGUGUUUGUGUUUACGCGUGUGUGCGUUUGUGGCAUCAUGUUGGUUAA